UGUUGCUCCAAACGCCCACAACCUCCGCAAGCGCCCCCUUCAUCCAUCCCACUCCAUCGGGACAAUCAAAAAGUAUGAGCGAGCAGGACACGCACCAAGACGACACGCAGCAUCCGCCAGAACUCGCCCCUACCGAAACAUACCAGGUCGACAGCGAAGAGUUUGACUCGGGAUCCGACGCCGAAAGCCUUGGGGACGACGAGUACGAGGCGCUAGUACAGGAAGCCGAGUCGGGCUUUACCGAUGCCGAGUCGGAAGCCUUCGUCAAGGAGCUCAAGGAGCAAGGCCUCGUCAACUUCCUUCGAUCAUACCUCUCGCCCCGCGCAGACGGGUCUGUCCAGAGCCUCCGCAAGCUUCUCCUAGGGCUAAAUGUUGUUCCGCCUCGCAGCCUACGGGAACCGGACAUUCCGGAUAUUGCUCUCCUGAGCUUUGCAAAAGUCGCGCUAUCUCGCGUUCUCAGGCGGCGACAAAAGCUCCCUGAUGUCAACACCGUCGACGACGCGGUCCGGCUACUCCAGAAUGCGAAGAAGAUCAUCGUCCUCUCCGGGGCGGGAAUCUCAACUUCGUGCGGAAUCCCCGAUUUCCGAAGCGCGACUGGUCUGUACGCACAGCUCCAGGCCGAGGGCAAGUAUGAGCUCGAUGACCCGCAGCAAAUGUUCGACAUUAGCUACUUUCGCGAGCACCCCGAGGUCUUCUACUCCUUCGCAAAACAGAUAUACCCCAGCAACUUUGUUCCAAGUCCGUGCCACAGGUGGAUCAAGCUUCUCGAGGACAGGGGUGUCUUGCUGCGCAACUAUACACAAAAUAUCGACACGCUCGAGAGCCUGGCCGGGGUGAACAAUGUGCUGCAGUGCCAUGGCUCAUUCAAAACGGCCUCUUGCUUGAGGUGCAAGACGCGGCACGAUGGAUCAAAGAUCGAGCCAUACAUCAUGUCCCAGACGAUCCCUUACUGCGAGACGUGCCGCGAAGAGCGGAAUACCGAAAUCGCAGCCAUCAAGGCAUACCGCGCGUCCUUGAAAGGCAAGGGCAAGGGCAAGGCGUCCGAGUGGGACGACUCGGACGACGACGAAGAGAUCGACGAGUGGGGCCGCGGCGAACCAGGCAUCAUCAAACCGGAUAUUACGUUCUUUGGCCAGGCGCUCGACUCGGAGUUUGACGAGUGCCUCUUCAAGGACCGCGAGGACGUUGACCUGUUGGUUAUCAUGGGAACGAGUCUCAAGGUGGCACCGGUCAGCGAGGUGUUGUCCCAUAUCCCUCACUCGGUCCCGCAGAUAUUCAUAAACCUGACCCCAGUGACGCACGUCAAGCCGGAUGUCUUGCUCCUUGGUGACGCCGACUCGAUCGUAACCAACCUGUCGGAUCGAUUGGGGUGGACAAUUCCGCCACCACCAUCAGUGCCUCACGCCGACGGAUCUGCCCCACCGCAGGCGCCUCCGCUCGAGGUGCCGCUAGACGACGCGGUGUGGGUGAGCGCAGACGGAAACUGGUCGCAUCUGCACAUGCUACGGUCGAGGACCCAGCUGGAGGAGGAGGACGAGACGGAGGACGAUGACGGUGUGGAGGGGCGGGAGGGGCUGGAGGGUGUGGUCGACGGCGAGGGUGUGCCGGUUACAGGGGAAGCGGACGACGACGGCGACGACACAUCCGAGUCGGACACCAAGGAGCUCCAGGAGCGGGUGCGCAUCCUUGUCAAUGGCGAGAACACUGGCCCGUCGAGCAGGCAGAGCUCAAACCCUGACAAGGAGAGGCGUUCGGGGACCCAGUCGCCGACGUCGGACCGGCCGGCCAAGCGGUCGCGCGUCGGCAGCGUUAGCGACGAGGUGGGUCAGUAG